GAGUCACUAAUCCUUCCGCGGGCAAACCGACCAAUCGAUCUUGAGAAGCCUCUGCCUCAAUUUUUGUUUGCUCGAACCGACGGACCAAGCCACAAUCCACAAUCGCGGUCAUCCGUUGCGGCAGCCAUCAGCAUCUACAGGUACCACUACAGCUAUUCUAGCUACUAGACAGGAGGUUGAGUUGAGCCAAUACGAGAGAGAACAUUGAUCAAAGAUGGCAGGGGAAACAGAUCUGAAGAAAAUGAAAGUGGCUGACCUCAAGUCUGAGCUCAAGCUCCGAGGUCUGUCUACAGAAGGUCUCAAAGCGGAUCUGGUGAAUCGAUUGCAGGCUCGAUUGGACGAGGAAGAAUUUGGUUUGGCGGAAGCUCCGACACCAACGGCAGCUGCUGCCGCCGCUGCCAAGAACAAGGAAAAAGAGAAGGAAGGAAAAUCAAAGGACGAAAAGGCAGCGAAGAAAGCAGAAACACCGAAAGAGAGCAAAAAGGAUAAAGAAGAAGAAGAAGAAGAAAGUCCAGCAAAAAGCAAAAAGGGGGAGAAAGAUGACGAGAAAAAGAAAGAAGAUGAUACUGACAAAGGCGAAGGGAAGGAUGAGAAAAAGGAAGAAAAAGAGACCAAACCGAGUGGAGGGGAAGAGUCCGCCGCCGCCGCCGCCACCACUAAGAAGGCCGCGGAGGAAGGAGAGUUGUCGUUUGAAGAAAAGAAAAAACUCAGGUCCAAGCGCUUUAAAACUGUCUACAUAGAAACAGAGGAAGAAAUCGAAAAGAAAAAGGCCGAACGCGCCAAGCGAUUUGGAAUGGGGGGGACCAGCCCAGACGGCAAAGGCAGCAAUAAACGAGCCAAAAUCGCUGGCGCAUCGGACGUUUCGGCGGAGGAACUGGAAAAGAGAUUGGCGAGGGCCAAAAAAUUCGGGACAACUUCGACGGAAACGGAGAAAGUAAAGAUGGAGCUGCGAAAGCAACGUUUCGCUGCCAAAUAGCCAAAAGAAACGCCACAAACCAACUGCAUUGGCUGGUACCUGCUUGUGGCGAAGAAUUGAAUGAAAACAAAAGUGAACUGUUCCAUACCCCUGAGUUGAAAUUGUACUACGCAUUUAUCAUCAGCAAUCUGAGCUAAUAGUGAGAGCGGUGUUGCUGUGAGGAAAGACAGCGGCGCUCGGUGAAAAGACAUCUACUUUCUGAGGUCGGUCCAUGUGGCCCCUCUUCUGACACGCACGAUAGUUAGACUGAUCCUGGACUGUGGGAUUGGCGUGGGGGGUGGUUAGUAGAGGCAUGACCAGCAACAAGAACCGAAGGAUCUCGAAAAGCUACAUGACUUUUUGUGUCCUCGAUGAGCCAAAAUUGACUACAGUAUGGUAGAUAGAUUGGAUGUGUGCUGUGCGCUGUGCAGAACUGCCGAUAAAGCUCCCCAUGCAAUAAAGGAUAACUAUCAGUUUCCUGGAAGCUUCAACAACAUUUCGUUCAUCCAAU